CAACAAUCAAAGUUUAUUCCUCCUCUCAAAAAUCCACGCCAUAAAGUCCGGGAAGAAGGCCCCCCAAAUCUUACCGUUCUCGACUCACUCAACCAUGGAAGAAGGCAUCCCAAAAAAAGGAAAAAUGAAAUGUUUCCGGGAAGAAGGCAUCCCAAAAAAACGAAAAGAGCGCACCUCUGCGAAGAAGAUGCCGUUGAAAGAUUUUAUGAAUCGGUCUCCUCCCCAUACUUUCUCUGACUCAUCCACGGAAGAAGGCAGCCCCCCAACGAAGGAAAAACUGAAAUACUCAAUGGAUGCAGACAAGUACUACGUGGACCGACACCUCGGCCUGGCAGCGACAGCGACGUUAUUUCAUCCCCGGGUGAGUCGUCGUCGUGAUCAUAAGAUUUUUUCUCCCUGUGCUUAUGACAUAUUUUUCUGUGUGCCUUCCUUCGAGGCGAGGGAUGACGAGGAUGUUGUAAAUGCGUGGGGGGCUUUGAAAUGGUAUACCAUUACUAUUCACGCGAACGGUUCCGACAAGGUAUACCCAAAACAGUUAAUUCCUUUCUGGAAUGGAAUAAUUCCCUUGUCCAGUGCCUUAGCAGCCCUAGACUCCCACCUUUACUGUUUUGGGGGUAUGAACUAUUCCCAUGAGCCACUUCGCCAAGGAUAUAAAUUACGGGUUAAUCCCGGUAUGGCUAAAGAAUGGGUUCGUGUUUCUCCCCCGAUGAUUUCUAAGAGAUGUAACACUGCGGCUUCAGUUCUAGGGGGUAAGAUCUACGUUAGAAAUUAUUUCCCUCCUCAUCAUACUGCUGAUAGUUGGAGUGAGGUUUUUGAUCCGGUCAAUAGAAAAUGGGAAACUUUACCUAAUCCUCCAAGUUAUCACCAUGAUAGUCUGAUGCCUCUGAUCAUUUAUGCGGUUCUUGAGAAUCCCGACAGGAUUAUUGUAGCUUUCAGUGUACCCAAAGACACCUCUUCUGCUAUCUUCUAUGAGUAUAGUGUGCAUGAUAGAUCUUGGAAAGAGCUUGCACCUGCAAGGCGCAAACUACACCCUAUGUGUCGUAUGGACUGGCUAGAAAGACCUCUAAGUGUAGGUAAUACACUGUAUUGGAUCGAACGCAAACAUGACGUACACAUAUUGAUUGCCUAUGACUUGAAGUUGGAUGUGUGGCUAGAAGGGCGUGUUGAAGGUCUUGAAAGUUCUUGUUUAUCCUACUGUGAAGUCACAGGAGGUCCUGGACUUCCUAGCUUGGUCCACCUAGAGAGGGAGAGGUUCUGCUUUUUAGAAUGUACGCUAGCUGAUUAUCUUCAUUGUAUGGCGGUCGAUGUUUCUCGUAUGAACGAUGGGACUUUAGGAAUAUCAGUUGCUUGGGAGCAUAAAUAUAAGGUGGAACCAAAGCUACGCAAGGGAAUACCCCAUGUGUUAACAUAUUGCACUAAAAUUGUGAGAAAGUAGAAAUCCGUAUAUCACACCCUGAACAUGCUUAGC